AUGCCAAUUGAGCAGUUUUCAGAGACACAGGAAGGAGAGUGUCCUUUCCAAAAUGGUGAAUCCCACAAAAGGAAUAACCCAAGGAUUGAGGACUGCUAUGAAACUAAGGUGGCUAAAGAACUUUCAUUCACACAAGAGGGAUUAUGUACCGGAGGGGAAGAUCAAAUUAUGCUGACUCCAGGGGAUGAAGAAACAUCAAUUUGCAAUGGAAUAAAAACAGAGCUGCACAUGACAAAUGACACAUUUUCAUCAGACGAUGAAGAUCUGGAUAUUAUUUAUAGGAAAACCAGUGCAAUGUGUAACAAGACAACUCAGAAGAAAUCAAUCACACAGAUCAUUAGGGAUAAAAAGAAGCAGACACAACUUACUCUACAGUGGUUGGAGGAGAAUUAUAUUGUAUGUGAAGGAGUUUGCCUGCCCCGAUGCAUAUUGUAUGCCCACUAUUUAGACUUCUGCAGAAAGGAGAAAUUAGAGCCAGCAUGUGCAGCAACUUUUGGAAAGACAAUUCGCCAAAAGUUCCCACUUCUGACCACAAGAAGAUUAGGCACCAGAGGACAUUCAAAGUACCAUUAUUAUGGCAUUGGAAUAAAGGAAAGCAGUGCUUAUUAUCAUUCAGUUUACUCAGGAAAAGGGCUAACAAGGUUUUCCGGAAGCAAGCUGAAGAGUGAGGGUGGCUUCACUCGAAAAUAUUCUCUUAAUUCGAAGACUGGAACCCUUCUUCCAGAAUUUCCUAAUGUCCAACAUCUUGUUUUACAAGGAACUUUGUCUAAAGAAAAGGUGGACACUCUCAUCAUGAUGUACAAAACCCACUGUCAGUGUGUACUUGAUAAUGCUAUCAAUGGGAAUUUUGAGGAGAUCCAACACUUUUUAUUGCACUUUUGGCAAGGAAUGCCAGACCAUUUGCUUCCCCUGCUUGAAAAUCCUGUAAUCAUUGAUAUAUUUUGUGUUUGUGACUCAAUUCUUUACAAGGUUCUCACAGAUGUCCUUAUACCAGCAACGAUGCAGGAAAUGCCUGAAAGUUUACUAGCAGAUAUACGAAACUUUGCUAAACAUUGGGAACAGUGGGUCACUUCAUCAUUGGAAAACCUUCCAGAAUGUCUCUCAGAAAAGAAAUUGCCAAUUGCCCGAAGAUUUGUGUCAUCCUUGAAAAGACAGACUUCAUUUUUGCAUUUAGCUCAAAUUGCUCGACCUGCUCUGUUUGAUCAGAACAUAGUGAAUGCCAUGACGUCUGACAUAGAAAAAGUAGACUUGUAUAGUAUUGGUUCUCAGGCUCUUCUUAGCAGCUGUAGUGGAGCUGACUCGGAUAUUGACGUCUACACAGAGUUGUUCCAAGAGCUUAAAGAUCUCUUAAAGAAAAACGCCACCGUGGAGUCCUUUAUUGAGUGGCUUGAUAAUGUUGUUGAGCAAAGAGUUAUCAAGGCGAGCAAGCAAAAUGGAAAAUCCCUGAAGAAAAGAGCUCAGGAUUUCUUGCUGAAGUGGAGUUUCUUUGGAGCUCGAGUUAUGCACAAUCUGACAUUAAAUAAUGCAGCUAGUUUUGGUUCAUUCCAUUUAAUACGUAUGCUGCUUGAUGAAUAUAUACUACUAGCAGUGGAGACACAGUUUAACAAUGAUAAGGAACAAGAGCUCCAGAAUUUGUUGGAUAAGUACAUGAAGAAUGCCGAUGCUAGCAAAGCAACGUUUACUGCAUCACCAAGCUCCUGCUUUCUGGCUAGCCGAAGCAAGUCUGUAGGACUUUCAAAUGACCCUACAGUAAAAAAUGAAUGCCUUCAAGAGCAGACUUAUUCAAAUUUGUCACCCGACCAGCAUGCUGGGCUUGUUCGUGGCUUGUACUCCUUCUCAAAUGAAGAUACUGAAACUAUUCCACUAACAGAUCAGAUGGAGAUAUCCCAAAGUACAGCACAUCUUAUGACUCCACCCAUGUCACCGGCCAUUCUCAACCGAGGAAGUGUUAUAAACCAAGGACCAAUGGUUUUGAGGCCCUCCAGUGUGGGUCCCGGAAUAGCAAACCAUGCUCAGGUUUCUUCAUUUUCUGAGCCACUCUACCACAGUCUUUCUGAACCUAACCAGAACUAUUUUGGAAGUGGGUCUAACUAUCAGGCCAUGUUCAGAACUCAUGCUCAGUCUGGUAACUUUCAACAUAGGCUGGAUCAGACUAGAUAUCCACAGUUAAACGACCAACAAGUCACACGGGAUUAUUUUACCAGCAGUUGUGCACUGACUCCAUUUAGCACCCGUCCACCAUCAAACUAUGGGUCAUCAAAUCCUCAGGAAAUACAAAGCAUGCAAUUCUUUAAUUCAAGUGGAUUCAAUUUCGUAAAUGGUGCCACUUCUGGAAGCUGUCAGGGUGGAACAUAUUCUUCAAACACACCCAACGGUUACUUUGGAAACAAUAUAAACUAUGCAGAAUCCCAUCGGCUUGGUUCAAUGAUUGAUCAGCACGUAUCAGUUAUUAGCAGCAUUAGUUCCAUUCGACCUUUGCAUUCAUUUAAUGAUAUUCAGGAUCCACUUAAUAUAUUAGAUGACAGUGGAAGAAAACAAGUGGGAUCCUACUAUGCCGAUUCAUCACCACCACCUACACUUUGUCGCAAUUCAGUGGUGUCUAACAUGCAGAGUGGAAUACCUGUCUCCUCUUCUCAGUGCAUAUAUGGUACAUCUGGACAAUAUGCUGACCAAGGCUCUGUAGAGUCUAAUGAGCCCAGAGAGAUGUUGUCCUCUUUGCCUCCAAUCAACACAGUCUUUAUGGGAGCUACUUCAGGAAGCACAUAA